GAGGGAGUAAUUGCUACUUCUGGAAAGGUUCUGCAACUGUUACAUCAGUCGAUUCUCGCAGCUCAUCACCAUGGCAACGAUUUUACUCCAGCGCGAUGGACGCCCGCGUAAAAUUAAGGAUGUAACGCAAUAAAUUUGUCAAGAUAAUUCAGUGAUAUUAAUUAAGUUCUAGUAAAAAAAAAAAAUUUUCUAAAAUAAAACAACGACAAGUGUCAAAAUUUACCAAAAUGUCACACCUGUGUAACCUGAAAUUUCAUCCGUUUAUAAAAUGUUCAAAGAGUUUCAAAUUGAUAUUUAAUAAUUCUUUAAAUGUAACCAAGAACAGAAAUGUCAGAGAUACUUUAUGUCAGAAUAAAAGAGGUUACGCGCAGUGUUUAGCAAAAUCAAGAAUUUCUCACAUUUAUCCAAUCUAUAAGUUACUAGAAUUGGUUCGCUUCUCGCAUUCUUUAACACCGAAAAAUAACUUGUUGAGACCUAAUGAUAAACCUAACCGUCACUCUGGUAAACAUAGUUAUAAAAGUUUUGGACUAAUUUUAAGUGGGUUUGGUUUAGUAAUAGCCCUCUGCGAAUCUCCCGGCUCCACCAAAGUUGAUCUUACAGAAAAACGGUUUCUGCGUGCAGCUAAAUUUGGAAACAUACCCGAGCUCAAAAAGGUCUUGUCGGAAGGUGUUGAUGUGAAUACAAGGCAUUCCUUAGGAUGGACCGCGCUGCAAACUGCUGCAAUUAAUGCUCAAGUCGAUACGGUUAAAUUCUUAUUGGAAAAAGGAGCUGAUCCCAAUGCAGGUGAUGGUUUUGUCAACGUGUACAGAACUGCCCUGGAAAAAGGAUUACAUUCCCUAGACGUGCUCAUGAAGCGCGAGGAAGAAUUUUCUGACCGUUUGAAUAACAGAGCAAGUUUCCAAGGUUUUACUGCUUUACAUUACGCUGUCUUAGCUGAUUCCAUGGCGUGUGUACAGGCUUUAUUAGAUGCGGGAGCAAAUCCAACGAUAGAAAACGAAUCUGGUCAUAGAGCCGUUGAAUAUGCCAGGGAUGGAGAGAUGAAAGAAAUCCUUAUCAAGCAUGCUCUUAAGUAUGAUGAAAUACUGAAAAGAAAGGAGGCCGAGGAGCGGAGGCGAUUUCCCUUGGAACAAAGAUUGAAACAACAUAUUGUAGGACAAGAAGGUCCCAUAUCUAUAGUUGCCUCAACAAUAAGAAGAAAAGAAAAUGGGUGGGUUGACGAGGAACAUCCUUUAGUAUUUCUGUUCCUGGGCUCAUCAGGUAUUGGAAAAACAGAACUGGCAAAACAAUUGGCAGCCUACAUUCAUAAUAAGCCAGACGGAUUUAUCCGACUCGACAUGUCUGAGUAUCAAGAAAAACAUGAAAUGGCCAAACUAAUAGGAGCACCUCCAGGCUACGUUGGACACGACGAUGGCGGUCAAUUGACAAAAUUGUUAAAAAAGUGUCCAAAUGCAGUUGUCUUAUUUGACGAAGUGGACAAAGCACACCCCGAUGUCCUUACAGUUCUUUUGCAACUUUUUGAUGAGGGCAGAUUGACUGAUGGAAAGGGUAAGACAAUAGAGUGUAAAGAUGCGAUAUUUGUGAUGACUUCAAACUUGGCUAGCGAGGAAAUAGCUGAAUAUGCGAUGCAGCUUCGUGCAGAAGCUGAGCGAGUCUUAACUCAGAGAUUAGAUAAGAAAUCAGAUGAAGACCAAGAGCCAGAACAUAUUGAAAUAUCUAGAAACUUCAAAGAUCGAGUGGUGCGUCCUAUACUGAAAGCACAUUUUCGCAGAGAUGAAUUCUUGGGACGAAUAAAUGAAAUCGUUUACUUCCUGCCAUUUUCGCGAUCAGAAUUGAUACGACUUGUCAGUAGGGAACUAGAAGCAUGGGCUGUCAGAGCACGCGAAAAACACAUGGUAGACUUGAAGUGGGAUAGAGAAGUGGAGUCUGUAUUGGCAGACGGAUAUGACACGCACUAUGGCGCAAGGUCUAUAAAGUACGAGGUGGAGCGGCGCGUUGUUAAUCAAUUAGCCGCAGCUCAUGAACGUGGCCAAUUAGGCAAGGGUUGCUGUGUUCAACUAAAAACAAGAUGGCAUGAGAAUGGAGCUAGUAUCUGUUUGUCGGUAAGACCAGCUGGUGUCAAGGAUUUUGUGGACAUAGUUGACAGUGAUAAUCUCAAUGUAAUAAAAAAAGUGAAUUCUGUAUUCUGAAUUGUAAAUAAUAUAACGCAUGUAAUAUCUACAUCUAUUCAAUAAAAUGAAUCAGAAGAAUAAAUA